UCAAGUCAGAAUACCUUGUAUUUUCAACAUCUGUGAAAAUCACGAUUCCUAAGUGAUAAGACGGCACCGAGAUAUGUCACACAAUCAGUCGUAAUUUGUCGGAAAUGUUUCGAUUUCUUGUCUUCAGUGUUUUAGUUGUAUCAGCACUGGCGGUGUCAAUUCACAAGAGACUUCCCUACUGCGACACCGACUCUGAUUGUCCUUUAUGUACCAGCUAUGACUAUGGGUGUGUAGACAAUAAAUGUUUUUGUGAUGACUACUUUGCUAAUUAUGGUGCAAGUGGAAAGAGGCAAGUAGAAUCAUGUAAGACAGAUGUAGAUUGCGCAGGUCACACAUGUCACCAUGGAGCCCCUCACUGUGAGAUUCAUGAUCCUAACAUGGAACAUGGACAUUGUAACUGUCACGUCCCACAUAAGAGACAAGCAGAAUCAUGUAAGACGGAUGUAGAUUGCGCAAGUCACACAUGUCAUCAUGGAGCCCCUCACUGUGAGAUUCAUGAUCCUAACAUGGAACAUGGACAUUGUAACUGUCACGUCCCACAUUAACGUCCCACAUGCUAAUUCUUUCCAUACGUACCUUAAUUUUGCAAGAUCAUACAUCUAUUAAAGGAAUCUGGCUUACACA